AUGGCGGACCAAGCAGCCCAAUUAGAGGCUUUGAAAGCUGCCGCCAGCAAUAAUGAGUCGCAGGUCAGGACUGCGGCGACCAAGGAUGAAGCUCUCAAGCAGGCGCUUGCUGCCGCAGAAAAUCUCAUGAAGGCCGUGAAGCUGACCACGGACCCAAGCGAGAGGAAACAGCUGAACAACAGAUUCAAUGCCAUGGCGGAUGUUGCACGGCGCGUGAAGAGUAAUGAAUGGACACCGCCGAAGCCACUAGUAGCAAAGCGACCGCAGCAGCAGGAGCAGGUGGCAGCCCGUCCAAAAUCGAAGGCUGACGGAAUCGGAGAAUGGGCUACAGAUGUUGCGCAAUCUUUCAACCACAUCCCUGACGGCUCUCAUUCUCAAUCCACCUAUACAACACCAAAUGCAUCUUCGAAGACGAGAGUGGCUACCCCAUCUAUCCCACCUCCGACUAAGUCAUUGACAACAUCCCCAUCACAUCACCCUACGGCGAUACCCGCCCAAGAAAAUCCCAACUAUGAGAAUCUUCGGGUGGACCAUAGCGGAGGCGUCUACCAACCACAAUUCGAUUUGGCUGCGCGGCACGACCUGAAAUUCCGGUCACGGGAAGUCAUGCAAAAGGAACCACCACCGACAAGCCCAAAGACUUCGGUUUCCCACGUACGCAAACUGCGUGAGCCGACCUCCUCUCGAAUGCGGACGACCAAGGAAGAAAUAAUACUUCUUAAGGCCUCACUUGUGAACGGCGUGAAGUGUCCGCCGUGGGACAAGAUUCCUUCCGCCAACGAAUUUGCCCUGAAUGGCACUGAGUUCUUUAUUGAACCUCGUGAUCUUACCCUAUCCCCCCAGCAGCAGCACCAUUUCAAGGCCUGGACUCGUGCAAAGGAUGUGGUAUCGCGGGGCUCCUCAGGAUCAGACGACACGCCCGUGAUGUCAUCGCCCCGCCCCAUCGACUUGGUCCAAGACGCGGCGACAGACUGUUCGGUUGUUGCCAGCCUUUGCGCCGGUAUUGCUCGAACCGAACGUGGAUACGACCAGGUCCGUCUGCAGGAAAUCGAUAUCGUCCCCGACCAGCUUUGGACACGGCUUCACCAAGCAUUCGCAUUCGGAGAUGUUCUUGCUACUCUCGGUACCGGACAAAUGUCGACCAGGCAAGAGCGUGAGCUGGGUCUAGAAGGCCAGCAUAGCUAUGUCGUGUUAGACCUGAAAGAGACGAAUCAUGAUCGAUUCCUUCUUGUGAAGAACCCCUGGGUCGAGGGAAGAGGUUGGCUCGGACCACGCCCCACAUUGGAAGAAUUGUGCGCCGAUUCUACUAUAUCUGAUAGUUCGAAGGACGGCAUAGCAACGUAUCACCGAGACACUAUACCCACAGAAGACCGGCCUAACCCUACCACAUUCUGGAUAGGAUUGGAACAAGUGCUCAGACACUUUGAGAGCCUGUAUUUGAACUGGAACCCAGGUCUUUUCCGUUACCGGCAAGAUAUUCACUUUGAGUGGACAGUGGAUGGGUCCUCUGAAGAGGAGAAUAUAUGCAUCGUAACGCACCCGCAGUUCCUUUUCCACUCCAAUGACGCAAGCCCUGUAUGGUUCCUGCUAAGUCGUCACUUCCGAGCGACAUCGGGCGAUAGUAAAGAGGAAUCGGAUGCCUUCAACGACGGUAGCAUACGUCAAAAUACACUAAUCGACACUUCCGAUGAUAUACCCAAAGGAUUCAUGAGCAUAUUCGUAUGUCCAGGCAACGGGAGUCGUCUUCACAUCAAAGACACGUGUCUUGAGCGCAGUGACUAUGUAACAACACCACAGUGUCUCUUGCGCUGGGAUCCCGAGGCCAACUCCACCUAUACGGUGGUGAUAGACCAGGAUGAGUUGCCUGCAUCAGCAUACACGUUCUCCCUCUUCGCAUUUUCCAAUUCCAGGAUCGAGCUGGAACCUGCGAUUCUUCGGUACCCUCUACAGAGGAGCGUCACCGGCGAAUGGACGAAGCAAACAGCAGGAGGGGGCACUGGCUCUAGCCAGUAUUUCCAAAAUCCACAGUACGCCGUAGAAGUGAAAGAGCGUGGACCCCUGGCCAUACUUCUCACCAGCACGAAUCGGAAGAAUGCUCUACACGUAAAGCUUACUCUAGGCCACGGUAAAAGAAUUUAUCGACUGAACAGCCGAGACGUACUCGCCGAUUCGGGCGACCAUCGCGUACGAUGCGUCUUCGCCGAAGCCAAGGAUCUGGAGCCUGGUAUGUAUACCAUUGUCUGUUCCCUUUUCGAAGCUGGGCAGAUAGGCGACUACAGCUUGCGUGUGGACAGCACCUAUGAAAUCGCACUUGAGCAGAUACCACGAGAUGGCGCAGGCCUCAUGUUGAACCGGCUUGCGCCUGUGUGCUUUAGGCCAGAGGUUAAUGAGGUAGUGGCUCCGAUGGCAAUUCGACGCCUUGCGGCGUACACUAUAGUUGUCCGGUUUUUGAAAGCAACAACUUCGCGUUCUACGGGUGUAUUGCCCACUACCCGCAGCCCGUUGCGAUUCAGUGUGGAAUACGGACGGGGUCCUGAGCGCCAGUUCCUCAUCACCAGCGAACGUGGACAGUACUCGGAUGCAGUCAUACUCCGCACGGAGGCUAUCAACAUCGAUCCUGAACUGUACCCGGGUGCCAACUUGUCCUUGGUCAUGGAUCGGCUCUCCGGCCCCGGAGGACCAGUCGAGGAGUGGUACGAAGUCGAGGUGUAUACUGACGUUCCCAAUGCUUGCGAUAUUGGAGUUUGGCGAGACAGGAGGUGA